AUGAUGGACGACUUGUUAGACUUUGCCUCUGAUAACAUGUUCACUGAUGAUGGUGACGGGAAACAAUCAGAGAAUAAGGACGGGACCAAGUCAGCGACCUCAUCCUCAACCUCAUCGUCAUCUUCGUUGUCACCUGCCUCAAACUCUGCUCAGUCGACAUCCCAGCAGCAACAGAGGUACUCAUUCGCUACUCCAACAUCUACUAUGCAUCGUAGUAGUGGUGGUAGCGCGUCUUAUUCACCAUUGGCAGCACAACAGAUACCAUUCGGUAGUAGUAUGAAUAGUAUGAGCAGUAGUAGUAAUGGUGCCCCUCAAUCAUUAUCAAAGUCACAACAGCAACAACAGAAACAACAACAACAAUCUGAAUCAUUGGAUAGCAAUGUCACAUGUAUGGAUGGAUCACUCACUCAACCAGAUGACUUUGACAACAAUGUGAUUAUGAUGGGAUUGAACGAUAGCACUAGCAUCGAUCUUGGUGAUGGCGGUGUCAAUGACAGCAAUGGCAGUAUCAACAGUGACGGCAGUAGUAACAACAACAACAACAACAGUAACAAUGAUAUCAGUCAAAUGCUAUAUGAUAGCUACUCACAAGACUUUGGUGAUAUGCCUCCCAACCUCAACAACAAUGAUGUGUUGUUAUCGUCUCCAAUCAGUAGUCGACCAUUGAAGAAGCAACGUGUGGAUGUGACUCAAGCCGAUGAUCAAGCACAAGACUCAAGCAAGGCUAUACGUAGAUUGCCCACAUGGAUGGGCAAGAAGAUGCCAAGUGCUAUCAAUGAUGAUGUCAAUGAAGAGGAUUUGAAGAAACAACAUAAUAACAAGUCAAAAACAAAGAAGGACAAGGUCGCAUCGGCCAAUCCAUCGUGGAUCAAGUCAUUGAGAGGCUUCACUGAAGUGGAGGAGCCUCCUGUUGAGAGCAGGGUCGUUUGCUUUGAUUUGGAAACAUCGGGAUUCGGCCCAGAAGAUAGUAUAAUAGAGAUUGGCGCAGUAGAGUUGAUCAAUGGAUGUCGCACUGGACUCACUUUCCAGAGCUAUGCCAAGCCCAAGAACGUCAUACAUCCUGCCGCCCAAGAAAUCCAUCGACUCUCCUCGUUCCUGCUUCAGAGUUCACCACCCAUCGAGUACGUGCUCGCCAGCUUCCUGGACUUUGUCGGCGACUCGCCACUCGUGGCGCACAAUCUGGCAUUUGAUCGCAGGAUGUUGAUCCAGGAGAUGAUGCGUUGCAAGAUACCGGUCAAGGCGGAGCAGAAGUGUUUCUGUACGAUGCGAUACUUUAGAAGGAUGUACAGGGAGACCAACUACAGUCUCGACUCUGUCAGCCAGCGACUAAACAUCAACAAGCUAUUACUGCGGCGAACACAUGGAGCGUUGGUGGACAGCGAGAUCCUGGCCAUCGUAUACAAUCACUUGGUCAGUCUUCCCGCCAACUUUGCCAACCUCAGGCUUCUAAAGACAAUGGACGACAACAACAAAGCAUCAACAACUUCAUCAUCGACAUCAUCAGACAAUGUUGUGUCCACGAACCAGGUCGUGGCCUGCGACACCAACAACAACAACAACAAUACGUCAUCAAUCAUGGACUCAAUCACAAACGGUGGUGGUAGUGGCGAUGGAUGCCUGUUGGACCACUUGGAUCACAUUGUACUGACGACGAAGGACUUGGACUCUUGUGUACAGUUCUAUACAAAGGUGUUGGGCCUUAGGAUGGAGACGUUUGGCGAGAAUAGAGUGGCCCUCAAGUUUGGCAAUCAGAAGAUCAAUGUACAUAUUUAUGGCAAGGAGUUCAAGCCUCAUGCCAGCCUUCCAACACCAGGCUCACUCGAUCUCUGCUUCAUAUCAUCGGUGCCAAUCAGAGAAACUAUGAAACGACUGUUCGCCAUGGAUGUCAAUAUCGAAGAAGGCCCAGUGCCACGAACUGGCGCAAUGGGCAAGAUCCUCUCCGUCUACAUACGCGACCCAGACAACAAUCUCAUUGAGAUAGCCGAACAACUCAAAGAAUAG